ACGAGGGCGCGCAACAGGGUUGUGCGCUCGCGCGUUCAAGUAUUUGUACCCACAUGCUCGUUCGCAGAGCUCAGUCAGCAUUUGACUCAGUAGUGGCAGGGGAUCUAGGAUUUCCACUUGUCAGUUACUCCCCGAUACCGAAAUCAAGUGCAUCCCCUCAGCUAAAAUGUCAAAGUUGGAUCAGGUCCUUAUCCUUGACCCUCCCUCCGACCUCAAAUUUAAAGGUCCUUUCACAGAUGUAGUCACCACCAACCUCAAACUGAAGAACCCUUCUGACAAAAAAGUGUGUUUCAAAGUGAAGACGACUGCGCCUCGCAGGUACUGUGUACGGCCAAACAGCGGUGUUAUCGAUGCAGGAGCAACUGUCGUUAUCUCUGUCAUGCUACAACCCUUUGACUACGACCCCAAUGAGAAAAGUAAACACAAAUUCAUGGUGCAGACGAUUUUUGCCCCUCCAAAUGUUUCUGACAUGGAUUCAUUGUGGAAAGAUGCGAAACCCGAUGAUCUCAUGGAUUCCAAGCUGAGAUGCGUCUUCGAGCUGCCUUCUGAAAACGAUAAAGUGAAUGACGUGGAGGCGACCAAAGCAGCCCCGGUGAUGAACUCUGCGAAGGCCGACCCAUCAGCGUCCUCGGUGCCUGUCUCCGCCUCACUGGACGAUGCAGAGCUGAAGAAAGUGCUGGAGAAGUGCAAGAGGCAGCAAGCUGAGCUAAGCAAACUGGCUGAGGAGAACCGGCAAUUAAAGGAGGAAGGUGUUAGAAUGAGAAAGGUACCCCGCUCAGACCACAUGACAUCAAACUCAACCAGCCUCCUCGGCCGAGAAGCCACCACCGCCUCCCUGCCCUCCCUCCUCGUCGUCAUAGCAGCCAUCUUCAUCGGAUUCUUCCUAGGGAAGUUCAUCUUGUAGACUGGGAGAUGCAUGCCAGCCGUAUCCCCCGGCCCGGCUCCAGAAUGAAACAGGCCUGAAAAACCGAGAAGUCUUUCUGUUGACUUUGCCAUAUCAUCGGUAGUGUGGCCUACAGUGAACACAUCUGUACAGCAUCAUUCGAAGGCGUCGCCUUUUUUUUUUUUUUUUACAGUCUCACACGGUUAGUACACACAGAGAGUUGAGAAAAGGAAGGCGACAAAAAACGUGAUUGCGUUCUCUCUUCUUUCGUUUUCUUUUUCUUCUCCCCCCCCCCAGAUGGCUGGAAUAAACAGGUAAUAUGCUGGGACAAUGAAAGUUGUAUAUCACACAAAAUGGAAGAUGCACCUAAAGUGACCCGUGGGUUAGAGGCAGUCAGAAGGUUAGAUUGUUUUUCUCUCUCUCUCUCUCUCUGUUGUUUUUAAUAGGAAUCAAAUGGGAUGUUAGCUAUCUUGUAAAUGUUGUUUUAAAUCCUUUUAAACAAAAAAAAAUAAGGAAAGACCUUCCGUCAAAAAGACCUUGCUACCUGUUGCUGGAUUGCCUCUGAAGUAAAUCUGAUCAGUUUGUAAUUUCUACUUCUCGUCUUGGAAUGUUCAGGUCCAGCUGGGGCUUUAGGUGCCUCCUUCUUGUACAUUUAUGUCCUUUCCUUUUCCUCACAACACCAAUGCAGACUUUAUAUUAUUAUUAUUGUUAUUAUUAUAUAAAUAUUCCUUCUGAGGUAAAUAUUGACUGAAAUAAGGUCUCCAUUCUUAAAAUCCUGUCCCAUGGUAUUAAGCAUUGAAAAAAUAAAAAUGAAAAAAUUUGGUUUUGA